CGUGGACCUCUUUCACACCUUCAAUAAUUGACACCUCACAUUGGUGCUCAAACAUCCAAACGGAUUUGGCGGGUAUCAGAACUUGGAGGACAGUAUGAUAUCGACAGUCAACGCCGACGAACAUCCGUUGUCCGUUAUGUACCAACAAGACCCCUUCAUAGUCUUGCCCACCGAGCUCAUCCUCCAGAUCUUCAACAACUUGCCUCUGUUUCAUACAUGGACUCUCCGACGGGUUUGCAGACGGUGGAAUUAUGUGCUAUCGUCGGACGAAUGCAUGCAUGCUGCCGUGGAGCAGUGGGAUACACAUGACCGGGAAGACUCGGCCGGCUUGCGCAGACUGACAGGACGCAAUCGUUUCGAUCACAGACUCCGGCACUUCCAAAACAUGAAGGCCAAAAAUUACGAAUGGUGCCAAAUCAUCGACCUCGCGAAUCGCGGAGACCACGGGGGAAACAUACUUCCCAAUUCGCUGAAAACGCGGUGUAAAGGCAGAAGAGUGGCCUAUGUAUCGGAGGAAAGGGGGCAGGAUAGCGUUGUCGUGGUCCACGAUCUAGUCAGUGUAGAGAAGAGACUUCUGCCGGCGCGAUCACAGAUGGUCGAGAAUCUGGUACUCACGACGUUGCUGGUGGCGUGGACCACCCAGUAUGACGGGUCCAUGUACUUUUCAUACCUCGAUGAAACCCCGGAUCAGGUCACCAGAGUCCAACUGCCGUCCGCAGAAGUCUUCAGGGCAGAGGGCGACGGUGAAAUGGUAGUGCUGAUCGAACGCGACCGCUGGAGUAGCCCGAACCGGUUCGGCAACAUUCUGCUGUACGACGCUGGAGCACGCCAGCUUCAGAGAUUCGACGUUCACGCCGAUGCUGGGCUGCGCGACGCCGACAAUUUGGGACACAGAUUGAAUGCAUGCAGUCUGUAUCUCGAUCGCCAACGCCGAUUCGUCCACCUCUUUUUCCUCGCCACGAUACCGAAUAUUCAAGGUCGCCAGCCCAACCGAGCCUUGGUACACGCACGCAUGGCUUUCGACGGGACGUGGGUUAAGCGCCAAUACGAUAUGACGUCUGAAGAUGACGCCGAGCCCGUUUGCAGAGGCUAUCUCAGACUGACGCGACCGCACUCGACCGGCCGACCCGACAAAAUUCAAUUCCGCAUCAUUGACGGGCCCUUCCCUCGCGGGCAACGCUAUCGCCAUAGGGCUGCCGUGCGUUUCAACGCGGCGCAGAGCGAGAUUGCAGGAAUCGACAGCUGCGCACGCGCAGAUGAGCUUUAUGGCGACGCAGGGCCUGCUUUCUUAUUGUGGAAAGGCCAAGCAUAUCACCCAGGGACGCCGAAAGACUGGACCGAGUGUGGCUCUCAGAUGAACGACUCCUUCAUGAUCACCGUCGAGACCGGGUGGAGACAGCCCAGUGCGCGUAGGAGGAGCCGCAUCCGGGCAUACUGCUUCGACCCGGACGUCCGGAUGCCGGAGGACGGAAUGGUGGAUGACGGCGACAUUGCAUCGCCUUUUGUAGAGCCGAGAGAAGCGAGGGUGAUACCGUGAAAGGGGGGUUGAUGCAUAUCAACUUGAUUUUAAGGGAUGUGCUCGACAACCGCCGUCCCUUACAUGUUUAUGCGAUGGAGACCCAACGUUAGCAGUAGCAGCAGUAGUGUCAUAUCUGUGGCAAUGCUCUCCUUCAUACGAGUUCUCUGCUAGUGAAGUUGUGGGGAGCUGAAGUGGUUGUUCCAUG